AUGUGGGAACUUGAGACCAUGGGCCAAGGAAGACAUAUUUUAAGGAUAGGUGAAAAUGCUGAUUCUAUUAAUAAUUUGGUAAAGGUGGUCAUAGUACUUACUUCAGUAUUUGAAGCAAUAAUACUUCCAGUGUUGGUUUCUCUGGUCUGGAUAUCUAUUUACAAAAUUAAACAAAGAAUGAAUGCAAGUGAUUUUAAAUUGUGCAUGGAGGCUACACACGGCUCUACUUUAAAGCUUUUCAUGGAUUUCUUUUUCAGAUAUGAAAGAUUAUCCAAGAGUAUAAUCGUAUUCACCAUUCCAUUACUUUUAGCAACUAUACUAGGGAAAAAUAUACCAAAUAUUAUGCUCUCUGGGACUAUUGGAUUGCAUGAUUUUACCACCAUUGUGCCUUCCAACAUUGUAUUAUUCAAUAAUGAUUCGAAUUGCAUUUACACAUCAUGCGCUUCUGACUUGACAGGAGAAAACUUUGCAUUGGUUGUAAAUUCUACCACCAUACAAGAUACCAUGCGUAGAAAUUAUGUGCAAAAUACUUAUUGGGGUUUAAAUAAUACUUUGUAUGCAGUGCGUGCCAAAAUUGAUCCAGGAUCUUGCGUUUUAGGCAUAGGAAAUGGAUCAGUAGAUAGUAGUAAUCUGGGGAAUGAGACGGAUACGCUCACAAAUACUGGAAGGUUUACAGGUAGCUAUAGUGAUAAUCAUCCCUCACCUAGAAAUGUUAAUGUAGCUUCUUUUGUGCUCACUACAACGAUGAGUGUCGAAAUGACAGAUAGAUGUGAUAUACCUAUGAAUUUGUUUUAUGUUUCUUCCGAUUUUUCUCCUGAUGUUGUGAAAAUGGCCAAGUGGUUGUAUGAUAGCGGAUAUGUACAUGAUCAAAUUUUUCCACGUGAUUGCACAGUAUAUAUGGAAUGCACUAUAAAUAUGGAAUGGAAACAAAUGCAAGUAUUUGGAAAUACACCAGAUGAACUGGAAAUAUCGGAAGUGCGAUUUAAUAAUACUAUAGAAAAAUUGCAAGAGAUAGUUUCUGCCAAUGUACUUGACUCUGACAUCAAUGGAAAAUGGUUUGGAGAAAGGCUUAUUAGUAAUGUUAUGGAUAAAAUGUCAUUACAGUUAACAGCAUGGAGAAACAUUAUCAGAUUCCAAGGAAGCAACCACAGUUACAAUCUGUUAGAUCAGUUUGGUGAUACCUUAUCACAGUCGUUGGCAUCAUCUAUACAAACUAUGAUGAACAAUGUCAGCGUUGAUGUUGAUAAGAAGGAGAUAUUAACGGCUCCAGGGCUUUGGGUAGAGCUUACUGUUCUAAUAUUCGCAAUAUUAUUGACAUGUUUUAUGUUAAUGCCCAUCUUGACAACUAGAAAUCCAAAAAUGUUGUUGCCACUUAGUAUACUGGAUUUUGGAAUCAUAUCCAAUUCCAUUUUCAAAGAAUAUAAUGGCGACGGCAGCUACAAUCAAAAAAUUUCUUGGCCAUUUGAUAUAGUUUAUUCACAAGAUAAGCCGUAUCGUUUGACUUCGGCGAAUGAAUCAGCCGAUAAUUAA